UGAAACGAAAGUGAAAUACUUUCAUUUAAACGGUCAUUUUCUAACUUGUCCAGCUCGGUCUUCACUCUGAUCCUGGACCUGGUCGUGUUGAGGUGUUAUUCCAGCGGAUCGCUCGCUUCAGACUGGUCAUCAUACCGGAGAGUGAGACAUGUCAGAAAUAGUUCAGAUCGAUGAAGGGUUUUACUCCAGGCAGCUGUAUGUUCUGGGUCACGAGGCGAUGCGCCGCAUGGCCACAGCCAACGUCCUCGUUGCGGGCAUGCGUGGCCUUGGCGUGGAAAUUGCCAAAAAUGUGAUCCUGUCCGGAGUGAAGUCUGUCACCGUCCAGGAUGAAGGCCAGGUGGUGUGGGCCGACCUGUCCUCGCAGUUUUUCCUGAAGGAAUCCCAUCUUGGUCAAAAUCGAGCCACAUGUUCCCUCCAGCAGCUGUCUGCUCUGAACCAAGGUGUGCAUGUAUCGGCCAUCACUGAACCGCUGGAUGAGGAGCUGCUUCUGCAGUUUCAGGUGGUGGUCCUCACUGACUCCUCACUGAGUGAGCAGAAGUGUUUUAAUGAGUUCUGCCAUUUGAAUGGAAUCAAGUUCAUUGUAGCAGACACCAAAGGCCUCUGUGGUCAGCUGUUCUGUGACUUUGGGAAGGAGUUUGAGGUCUUGGACCAGGAUGGGGAGAAGCCGGCAACAGCGAUGAUACAAAGUGUCUCUCAGGCGAAUCCUGGAGUGGUGUUGUUCACAGAUGACCGGCAUAGUAGAUUUUCAGAUGGUUCUAAGGUGUUCUUCUCUGAAGUCCAAGGCAUGACGGAGCUCAACAGCAUCGGCCCGGUGGACAUCAAAGACUGUGGCAUAUACUCCUUCAGCAUUGGGGAUACUUCAGCAUUUUCUCAGUACGAACAGGGAGGAGUAGUGACUGAGGUUAAGCAGCCCUGCACGCUAACAUUUAAAACACUGAAUGAAGCUCUACUGGACCACAAGCUGCUGAAGAUGAACGACUAUGGAAAGAAACAGAGGCACGAGACCCUGCACUUGGCCUUCCAGGCCCUCCACGGCUUUGUAGAGAAAGAGCAGCGACUCCCUGGUCCUCGGUCUCAGUCAGAUGCAGAUGCUCUGCUUGCCAUAGUGGGAACGCUGAAUACAGUCGCACAGCUGGAACAGCUGGAUGAAGCUGCUGUGAGAACCUUUUCCUACACAGCCCGGGGUGACUUGGCUCCUAUCAAUGCUUUCAUUGGAGGCCUUGCAGCUCAAGAAGUUAUUAAGGCAUGUAGUAGGAAAUAUACGCCUCUUCACCAGUGGCUAUAUUUUGAUGCACUGGAGUGCCUCCCUGAAGAAGAGGACCAGCUGACAGAGGCCUCCUUUUCAGCAAAAGGCACGAGAUACGAUGGACAGAUUGCCGUAUUUGGGCCGGCGUUCCAGGAGAAGCUUGAAAGGCAGAAGUAUUUCCUGGUUGGAGCUGGUGCCAUCGGAUGUGAGCUUUUGAAGAACUUUGCCCUCAUGGGGCUCGGUGCCGGAGAAAAGGGCAGAAUCACCGUAACAGACAUGGACUUCAUAGCAAGAUCCAACUUGAACCGACAGUUCCUGUUCAGGUCUGAGGAUAUUGGGAAACCAAAAUCCGAAGUUGCAGCCAGAGCGGUGCGUGAGAUUAACCCACGGAUGAACAUCACCGCUCACCAGGACCGCCUGGACCCCGGCAGCGAAGGAGUGUUUGAUGACGACUUCUUCAUGGGGCUCGAUGGAGCUGCUGCAGCCCUUGAUAAUAUGGAAGCCAGGGUCUAUCUUGAUGGACGCUGCGUUCAACACCAGAAACCAUUGCUGGAGGGAGGAACCUCAGGGUUACAGGGUCACACUCUGGUGGUGGUGCCUCACCUGACAGAGUCGUAUGGCCGAGACACAUCCAGUUCUAAUGAAGGCAUCCCACUGUGCACUCUCAAGCACUUCCCUCAUCGCAUUGAGCACACCCUGCAGUGGGCCAGAGACCAGUUCGAAGGGCUUUUCAAACAAACACCUGAAAACGUGAAUCUGUUCUGGAGCGAUAACGGGUUUGUGGAGCGGACGCUUGGCCUUGGAGACGCCGAGGCCCUGGAGGUUCUUGGGGGUCUGUGGAGCAGCCUGGAGGACAUGGAAGCUGGAGGACAACGCCCAAGGAGCUGGGAAGACUGUGUGAGAUGGGCCCGUUGCCAGUGGGAGACUCUCUAUAACAACGAUAUCCGCCAGCUUCUGCACUGUUUACCUUCUGAAGCGGUGACUGCUGCUGGUCUUCCCUUCUGGUAUGGUUCCAAGAGAUGCCCUCACUCACUGACCUUUGACCCCAAUAGGACUACCCAUAUGGAGUAUGUUGUGGCAGCGGCUAAUCUGUACGGGAAGCUCUUCGGAAUCAGCGGGACAAGAGACCGCGCUGCUGUCAGAGAAACCUUAGAAAGAGUCCACGUACCACCUUUCACUCCGAAGUCCUCCGUGAAGAUUCAUCUCACUGACAAGGAGAUGGAGGAGGAGAAACAAGAGGACAGAGAUGAUGCCGAGAAAGCCCAACUUGAGGAGUUGAAAGGGAAGUUGGCCUCACCAUCUCUGAAAAGCUCAUUCAUGCAGAUGUACCCCGUCGACUUUGAGAAGGAUGACGACAGUAACUUUCACAUGGACUACAUUGUCGCUGCUUCUAACCUGAGGGCGGAGAACUAUAAGAUCCCUGCAGCUGAUCGGCACAAGAGUAAGGGCAUAGCUGGAAGCAUCAUCCCAGCCAUCGCUACCACCACGGCUGCAGUGGCAGGCCUGAUGUGCCUGGAGCUGUAUAAACUGGUGCAGGGUCAUCAGGAGAUCAGCUCUUACCGCACAGCUUAUAUGUACCUGCCAGUCACGCACAUUGUGUUUGCCCAACCGACCCAGGCCAAGACCUUUGAAGAUGACGACAGUAACUUUCACAUGGACUACAUUGUCGCUGCUUCUAACCUGAGGGCGGAGAACUAUAAGAUCCCUGCAGCUGAUCGGCACAAGAGUAAGGGCAUAGCUGGAAGCAUCAUCCCAGCCAUCGCUACCACCACGGCUGCAGUGGCAGGCCUGAUGUGCCUGGAGCUGUAUAAACUGGUGAAGGGUCAUCAGGAGAUCAGCUCUUACCGCACAGCUUAUAUGUACCUGCCAGUCACGCACAUUGUGUUUGCCCAACCGACCCAGGCCAAGACCUUUGAAGUCGGAGUAAAGAAAUACACCCUGUGGGAUAACUUCCCCGUUGUGGGCAAACCCAACGGUCAGCAGGAAAUGACCUUGAGAGAACUGAUCCGGUAUAUCUCGGAUGAAUAUAGCUUGAGCGUCUUUCAGAUCUGCUAUGGACCAGCUAUCAUAUACCAGGGGCAAGAAGAGAGGCUCCAGCUGAGUGUGUCUGAGGUGGUGAGGACAUUCGCCAAGAUAGAGAUCCCUCCACACAAGAAGAUGCUGGCGUUGGACGCCUCGUUUACUGAAGAUAAGGAGUGUGAGACGGUCCCGCCUAUCAGAUAUAUGCUCCGGUGAUGCCACUAAUACAAAGUUUCCACAGUUUCCAUUGAAAAGGUAUCACAUGGAACAGUUUCAAUGUGACAAAGCAAACACUCCGAACACUCCUGUGAGCGAAAAACAUCCUCACCGUGUUGAUGCAGCUGUGGUUUACAAAUGUUUAGCUCGAGCAUCUAUCAUUUUCUUCCACAAAUAUGUCUAAAAUAUUUUACUGGUGGACUGGGAUCAUUAGUUUAUUAUUAAUCAUCAUGUAAUGUGAAAAAUCACCAUGUAUAAGGAUUAUUAUGCUAUUUCUCUUAUUUUGAUUUAACAGAAAAAGCAUACAUUUAAUGUCCUUACUAUUAUUAGCAUCAAUUUCCAUUUGCCAACUUUUGUUUCUUAUUUAAAAGUAAAAUGUGUCAGGCUAAGAGGUUGUGAAGAUGCCUGACACUGGCAUAAGGAUUAGUUGAUCUGGAGCUGCUGGGUCAGUACUGGCUUGGUUUCAAGGUUUAAUUCAGGUCAGACUGAGCUCCAUGUUGAAGGAGUGCAGUCGGAAGAGGCCUUUGGCUCAGUAGGUACAGUGCUUUGAUGGUUCGGAGGUGCUCUCGCCAUCUGGAUACUCCAAACACACGAGCAUCCCCCCUCCUUCCCAGAAGAAUCCCAGAGCUGGUCAGUGUGGAGAAGCCAGUGUCAUGUGCUUUUCCACUUAGCUUUAUUGUAAUGACUUUAUGACUACAACUACUUAAAGGGUUAUCUUUUCACUGUGUACUCGGGGCGUGAAGGAUGGUGUUUGUAAUUCAUAUAAUAAUUCAAUAAAUAUGUGUCUACGAGGAA